AUGGGUGUGAUGAGGAGGUGUGGAGUUGAAUUUGGUGGGUGCAGUGGUGUUGGUCGUCAUGUUUGGGGAAGUGUGAUUGGUAGGAAUGGAGUGAGAGAGCUUGUGGACAAGAAUGACUUUGCAUUGGCUGGCAUAAGAGGGGGUGCUUGA